AUGGCUGGUCUUCGAGAGAUGCGAAGAGUGGGACGAGACAAAAUUAAGGAGCAGAUUUAGGAGCAGAUUUAUCUAGGAAGAGACAAAAUUAUGGAGCAGAUUCAUUUAGGAAAAAGUUGAAGUUGUUUUCUCAACGAGGCACCAAACUACUGCAAAAGAUGAAUGCUGCUCUUUACUUUUGGGUGAUAAAAAUCGAGUAUCCAUAAUACUGCCAUUAUCUUCGUUCAUCGUACUUCUAUCUUCAUCUCAGAACAACCGCAGCUGCAACGUCAAGCGUCGAAUA